CCGGCCAUGCGGUACCGCAAGGGCAGGGAGGCCGUGCCGUCCGACGACUGCAAGUUCGUCCGGGCCGAGUCCCUGCCGGGGCAAGGGAAGAACCAGGUGGACACCUUCCUGGAGCAGCACGGCGGAGCCGGGAUCCAGCACGUCGGGCUCUACGCCGCCGACGUGGUCUCCACGGCUCGGGCCCUGGCGGAGGCCGGCGUGCGGUUCGUCGAGCCCCCCCGGGCCUACUACUGCGAGGCGGGCAAAGAGCGGGAGAUCCGGGAGGCUGGGCAGGACCCCCGGCUGCUGGCCCAGCACGGCAUCUUGCUGGACGCCGAGCUGGCUGGGGAAGGGGAGGGAGGAGUCAGAGGCUCCAGCCCCGGCCAGAGGAGCUACUUGAUGCAAAUCUUCACCAAGCCCAUCUUCCCGGAGGAGACCUUCUUCCUGGAGCUGAUUGAGCGUCGGGGGGCCGCAGGCUUCGGGGAGGGCAACAUCCGGGCCCUGUGGCGGUCUGUGCAGGCCUAUCUGGGCCAGCAGUAGAGACCCCCCCCAGGCCUGCUGGGGGCUGUGAGCGAGGGUGGCUGGCUGCCCAUGGCUCCAGCAUGCUCCAUCUCCCCCCACGGGGCAGGGAGAUGGCAGAGCCAGACCAGCUGUUCGGUUAGAGGGGGAGGUUGGGAGCUACUAAACCCCCCAGGCUCUGGGACAUGCUGUCUGCCCUGGCGGGAUUCAGGGGGAAGUUCAGUUCUUCCGACUCCAGAGACAAACCCAGGCCCACCCCCAGCCCUGCUCCGCCAACCCUCAGCCCCCAAGCGCUCUCCCACGCUGGCUAAUGCUGGGCUCCCGCUCCCAUGUCCCCGGGCCAGGAGCUGGGGUUACGGCCCACAUUCAUCCAGCUCCUUCGGACCCCAGCAGCUUAGGUUUAGGGAUCGUGAGCCCAGCACCCCCGGUGCCCACCCUGGGGUGGAGCAUGGCAACAAGAGCCACAUGGCUGGGCGGGCAGCAGAGUCUAUGGCAGGGGUGGGCAAUGAUUUUUGCCCGGGGGCCACUUAAAAAAUGUUUGAAGU